CACGACGGAUGGAGAAAACCGUCUUCAAUACCGCUGCAAGAUGGCGGCAGUUAUUCACAUCACUACGGGCGGAGAAAACCGUCUUCAAUACCGCUGCAACAUGGCGGCAGUUGUGACGCCUCGGCUGCCGUAAAAACCACCACCGAAAAAGAAAAAGGCGGAAGUUAGCGAGAGGACCAGAAAGAAAAGCCCCAGCGCAAAACGCAACACCAAAAUGUCUUUUAGCAAAGAGUUUGUAAGGCAGCGAUUGAUGGCGGCUGCCGAGGAAAUACUGACGCUGUUUGAAAGAACGAUGGCGUCCUACGAGGAGGAACUUUGUCGAACAAGAGAGGAGAACGAGCGACUUCGACAACAACUGGAGGCUGUUAGCAACACUGAAACCGUGCAACACAGCAAAGACGUCCAGCAGCUGAUUGGGCAUCAAGAAGAACAUCCACCUCAGCCGGAGAGGGGGAGUUCCACUUGGAAACAGGAGGAUCCCCAGCCCCCCCACUUUAAAGAGGAAGAGGAGGAACUCUGGGUCACUCAGGAGGGAGGGUGUCUUUUACAGCCAGAGGCCUCAGCGAAGACUGAAGACCGCACGGACAGCCUCUUAGCUCCGCUACCAGAUAGCGAGGCCGAAGACGCUUUGAGCAGCGAUACAGACCGUGAAGGAGACACGAGGCCUCCCGCUGACAACAAAGAGUCCGAGUGCUGUAAUAAGGAGACAGGUAAAAAGCGUUUCACCUGCUCAGUGUGCAGUGAAAGCUAUUCUUACAAGUGCAAUUUGACUCUGCACAUGCGGACGCACACGGGAGAAAAACCUUUCAAGUGCUCCGUGUGCGGCGAAGGCUUCAUCCAGAAGGUGGCUUUGAUUGCGCACACAGCAGCGCACACGGGAGAAAAACCUUUCAUCUGCUCCGUUUGUGGCAAAACUUUUUCUUACAAGAGCAAUUUGAACGCGCACAUGCGGACGCACAGCGAGAAACCCUUUGGCUGCUCAGUUUGUGAUAAAAGAUUCGCCCAAAAGGUCAACAUGGAAUCACACAUGAGGACGCACACGGGGGAAAAACCUUUCGGUUGUUCGGUUUGUGGUAAAAAAUUCUCCCACAAGGCGAACAUGGUGACACACCUGAGAAUACACACAGGAGAAAAACCUUUCACUUGCUCAGUGUGUGGCGAAGGUUUCGCUCAAAAGGUCGCUUUGGUGGCGCAUGCAAACUCGCACACGGGGGAAACACCCUUCAGUUGCUCGGUUUGUGGUAAAACAUUCUUUCAAAAAGCCAACAUGGCGUCACACAUGAAGACGCACACUGGAGAAAAACCUUUCACGUGCUCGGUUUGCGGCGAGAGUUUUGCGCAAAAGGUCACCUUGAUUACGCACACCAGAACGCACACGGGAGAAAAACCUUUCAGUUGUUCCUUUUGCGGCAAGGAAUUCUCCCAAAAGUCCAACAUGGUGUCGCACACGAGAAUCCACACGGGGGAGAAACCCUUUGCUUGCUUGGUCUGCGGCGAAAGCUUUGCUCAGAAGGUGUCUCUGGUCGUGCACGAAAGAACGCACACAGGAGAAAAACCCUACUGUUGUUUGCUCUGCGGUAAAAGGUUCUUUCAAAAGGCGAACAUGGUCACGCACAUGAGAACACACACGGGAGAAACAACCUUUAGUUGCUCCGUCUGCGGCAAAAGGUAUUCUCACAAGUCCACGUUGAUGACACACAUGCAGACGCACAGCAGAGAAUAAGUAUUUUGCUGCCGUGUUUAUUGCUGACAUGAAACACAAGUGGACCCUGACGUCGCCGGUUCAAUUCCAGUGUCGAGCUCAGCUUCCCAACUACGCUUACUUUCAUUCUUGUGACUUCCUCUUGGAGAUCAGUAAAGUAUCUAUCCAUCUAGGUAUUGUUCAAAGGGUAUUUUAGUCUUCUGAAUCACUUGUUUGGCCAAUCUUCAUUUUGUAACGCUCCAUUCUGCGGCUGAUAAUCCAAAAUCCUGCUUGCUGUAAUCAAAGUUGAAUUAUGUAAAAGGAAUGACAACUUUUGUAACGAUACAUACUCUGCAGUACAUACUUUUGUUUUAAAGAGUGGGAAACAAAAUCUCUGGGGGAAAAAAUAGGAAGAUAACUUUUGUAUAGUCGUGGUGUGUUGUGACCUGUUGCGUUUUAUAACGUUACUUCAUUUUUCACUCAGUUAUUCCCCGAUUCUUGUCUUAUUGUGUCGCCACAACUAACCACGCUGAGGUUAGCUUCCCGCUCGCCAGCCUUAUGAAACCAACAUGCAGUGCGACCGUCUGUCCUCUGAUUGUCUGUCUGUUUUUUGUCACACUUCUCCGUGUGAAAAACAUUUUAGCUAAGACACCCACUCUUGUUUUUUGUGUUACAUUUGUGAAACUGCAAUAAAGGUACAUUUCGCUACCUUUUCAGCCUCUGGUCCAUAUUAGACCCGGUCCACCUGGAAAACCACUUGGCUUAGACUUCACAAAGGUGGAUUGGAUUCAUCUGCAGACCCCAGAGAUUCAUAAAAACAUGGUUUCCGAUUUAUGACACCUCCAUUUUAUUUGUAAAAAU